GCCCAGCGCAGCGAGAGCGACUGGCAGGGGCUGCUGAGCGAGUACCUGGUGUGUAAGCGGAAGCUGGAAAGCAAGAAGGAGGCCUUGCUCAUCCUUUCCAAAGAGCUGGACACCUGUCAACAGGAACGAGACCAGUACCAGCUCAUGGCCAACCAGCUGCGGGAACGGCACCAGUCUCUGAAAAAGAAGUACCGGGAGCUGAUUGAUGGGGACCCAUCUCUUCCCCCUGAAAAGAGGAAACAGGCAAAUCUUGUUCAGCUACUGAGUGAGGCUCAAGAUCGAAACAAACGUCUUGGCGAAGAGAUUAGAGAACUUCAGCAGAGACUGGGAGAAGUGCAAGGGGACAAUAAGCUCCUUCGGAUGACAAUAGCAAAGCAGAGAGUUGGAGGUGAAGAGCUUGGGGCUCGCUACUUUGCAGCACAUGAACGUGAAGACCUCGUUGGACAACUGGAGAAAGCUCGAGAACAAACUGAGUCUCUGAGACUUGAUCUUCAGUCUGCACUGGAUGAACUAGAGGAUUUGAAAGAUGAACGCUCGUUUUACCAAGAUAAGGCUGACAGACUAAACCAAGAACUUAAUCAUGUCUUAGGAGGGCAUGAAAACCGCAUCAUUGACAUAGAUGCUUUGUGUAUGGAGAACAGAUAUCUUCAGGAGAGGAAAAUCAACCUUCAAGAAGAAAUAAACCUUCUUAAGUCUAAUAUUACUAAAUACAAGAAUGCACUAGAGAGGCGAAAAAAUUCGAAGACUCAGGGUAGAUCGAGUAGCAGUGCUCUGACUGGAGUCCUUUCUGCAAAGCAAGUCCAAGAACUCUUGUCGGAGGAUCAAGGCUGCAGCCUGCCAGUCACACCGCAGUCCAUUUCAGAUCUCAAAUCACUGGCCACUGCGUUGCUGGAGACUAUCCAUGAGAAAAACAUGAUCAUACAACACCAAAGACAAACCAACAAAAUUCUAGGUAAUCGAGUGGAAGAACUAGAAAAGAAGUUAAGGACUUUGGAAAUUGCUGGCUUGUGGAGUCUUCCAGGCCUGAGCUACAAUGUCUCAGUGGGAUUUGGGAGUGGAAAGGAUACUAUAACAUUCAACGAUCCAAAUUUGCCUGUUAUGCAGCGGUCUAGGUCACCCUUGUUAGCAUCUACAGACAAGUCACAGCAAACUAAAGUACCAGCAGAGCAAAAGGGAGAACGUGAUGAAACUUGUGCUGUUGCAAGAGAAACUGAUAAAGAGGAAAAUGAUAAAGAUUCUGUCAAUUCCCCAGCAAACUUAAAUAACCAAAAUAAACAUUUUUAUCCUGCAUUACCUCAAUUACCUUCUGAGGAAGGAGAAAUAAGCAACCUUGGAAGUCAAGUAAAUGAAUUGCCAGAAAAACAGGACGUUGCAGAACUGGAAGGGAAGGGAGCAGAAAAGCCAGCAGGGGUGGAGAACACAUUAGUUGGGCCUGAGCUUAAUGGUUCUUCUGAGGGAGAGCUCCCUAUAUCCAGCUCCGGCCGAUCCGAGUCCGCAGAUCCCUCAGCCUCGGAGAAUGAACAGGCAGCUGAGGCUGACCUCCUAAAAGAGAGCAACUGUGAAGUGAUGAAAGAAAAAGGGAAUCAAAAUAGCAGCACCAUGGAUCUUGAGGGCCCUGGAAGGCUUGGAGGUCUCCAUGUCACAGCUGCUCACACAAGUAACAGCCCUGAGGAGCAACCUGAAUCUGAAGGCAAGAAGCCAUCCAGUCCUGCUGAAAACUCUGAAUAUUUGGAUAACAGUUUGGCUUGAGGAAGCUGCAGGGAGUUUCUUCACCAGAGAAGCCCACGUGCUGGAGCUCUAGAGGAGGCCUCCCCGGAGAGGCCAGAAGCCCUUCCCUGACCUGCAGCUGCAGUUCCCAUGUGCCGUGGGCAGCAGGGACAGCCUGUCCACCCGCUUGGCUCUCGGGCCACCGCUCGGGAUCGCGCUCCUCAACCUCGAGCUGUUGGAACAGCCCGUGGGCUGCGUGACCGGCGCUCGCUUCCAGCCUGCUCCGUUUCUGCCCUUGCUUUGAAAGGAGUCAAGGCCUUCCUAUUUUCUCCUGGUUUGGAAUUUGGGAUAAUUCUCCGUUUCACCCACAGUUCGCCAAUCUUGGGUAGAGUAGGAGGCUGAUUUCAUUUGCUGUGGCUUCUUUAUCCCUCUUCCCUUGCUGAUGUUGAGCUGCAAGAAAACCCUGCAGUGCUAACGGGGGAGGGAGGGGGCUGCUGUGGCCGUCCCCAGCUCCCUCCUGGUGCUGGAGCCGAGCCACUCUGCUCCC